UAAAAUUUCUUAUAAAUAUUUUGAUAUCCAAAAUGUUAAAAACAUGUUUGAGCAAGCAAAUGAGAUUUUAAAUUUUGAUAUUAAAAAUUUUUGCUUACAUUAUUACCAAUCAGAUACAGAUAAUUUAGUGAAUUUACACUGUGCCUUGUUUUUAAUAUCCUUAGCUGAAAUUGAAAUAUUAAAUGCUGAAAAUUCUGAAGUUAUAAAUAACUGUGUGGCAACUACUGGACUUAAUUUAGGUGAAUAUGCCUCAUUAGUUUUUAGUGGGGCCUUAAAUUUUGAAUAUGCUUUACAGCUGAUCAAAAUUAGAGCUGAAGAAAUUGAAAAAUUAUCAAGUAAAGUAUUAAGUGGAAUGUUAACAGUAAUGUUAAGUGCUAAAUCUAAUUUAAAUCAGGCAAUUAUUGAAUCUAAAGAACAUUGCUUAGGAAAGGGCAUUGAAAACCCUAUUUGUACCAUAGCAAAUUAUUUGUUUCCGCAAUGUAAAAUUUUAUCAGGUCAUAAUGAAGCAUUGAGAUACAUUGAAAUAAAUCACAAAAAUUAUGACAUAAUUAAAUGUAAAAAAUUACCAAUUAAUUUUGCAUUAAAUUCUAAAAUCCUGAGUCCUAUUUUGCCUAUAUUAUCUGUAGCUUUGAAUCAAGUUGAUAUUCAGAUUCCUCUUAUCCCCGUAUAUUCAAACGUAACCGGCCAUCGUUAUAAAAGUGCUGACCAGAUAAAAAAAUUAUUAUGUCAACAACUUGUUAAGCCUGUCAAAUGGGAACAAACGCUUCAUGUUAUGUAUGAAAGGCCACAGAAUACGAAUUUUCCCAUUACAUAUGAAUGCGGGCCUGGAGACUUGUUGGGCCCUAUUUUGAAAUUAAAUAAUCGAAAAGCUUUCGAAAAUUAUCGCAGAGUGUAGGCGCCUUAUUCAUUAUGAAUAUUAUGGAUUGUUAAAUAGUGGAUUUAUAAAAAAAUUAUAAAUAUUUUUGUAUUUAUAUAAUUGCAUAAACUAUUAGAAUUUUAAAUUA